AUGACAUUUCAGUGUUGUGGUGGUAAGUCAGAGACCAAAAAGAGUGAUGCCCCUUUAUGUGUAGUCGAUGCAAACACAAUUUCAAGUUCUGCAAUUGUUGAGCCAACAAUCGACCACAUUUUUAAGUACAUCAUUAUAGGGGAAGUAUCUGUGGGGAAGUCAUGUUUACUGCUUCAGUAUGAAGAUCAUCGUUUUCAACCAAUUUAUGACUUGACAAUUGGCGUCGAAUUCGGUACAAAAAACGUCCGAAUUCAAGACACAACGGUCAAACUCCAACUGUGGGACACGGCGGGGAGUGAACGGUUCAGAAGCAUCACAAGAAGUUAUUACCGGGGGGCCGUUGGUGUUAUAAUGGUCUAUGACGUGUCACGCAGUGAUAGUUUUAGUAAGAUCGAUGAAUGGGCGGAAGAAGUAAAGAAGUACAAUAAUGGUAAUUACAUCAUGAUGCUUGUUGGGAACAAGUGCGACAUAGUCGAGAAGGUGAUUUCGACUGAAAUGGGAAAGAAAAAAGCCGCGCAACUGAACGCGUCGUUUUACGAAACAUCUGCGAAGACCGGAGAAAACGUUGACAAAGUCUUUGACAAACUCACAGAAGACGUGUUAAGGGAUGUGAGGUCGGGAAAAAUUAUUCUCGAGUCAGAGACAAAGUAUUAA